AUGGCUCGUCGGUCGCGGCGGGCUUUGGCUCUCCGUCUGCGGUGGGCUCUGACUGAUGCUCCGCACAGCGGGAUGAUGGUAGGCUGGGCUCUGGGUCUGGAGUUGGGCUGGCGAGUCCCUAAUCAGCGGCGAAUUGUUACUCACCAGCAACCAUUCUACAAAGGUGGCGAGGCUCUCUCAAGGACCAUCCCCGAACAACUGCGCUCGUGUGGCGCGUUUUGGAACCCUGUUUGUUAUCCGCUUCAGUAUCCUACAAGAAUAACCAUACCUGUCGCAUGGGUCAUGGUGAUGAUAAGUUGGAGCAUGGCUGCAUUAUAUUCUUAUGGCUUAGUGUAUUCAAAAGCUAAUGUAGAAGGACUGGAAGAAUACAGUGAUUCAAUAUACUGUAUGGGAAGUUGUACUUUGCUUUUCAAUGCAUUGUGGUCCGUUUUAGACACAUUACUAACCUUUUUCUUGCCUUGUUCUGUCAUGAUUGGACUCUAUGCAAGAAUAUUUGUAGUUGCAAAAAAGCACAUUAGAACAAUCGGUGAGGCAAACCAGCAUGAAAAUGAGAAUAUGUUUAAAACCUCUCGACGGUCUGAACGCAAAGCAGCAAAAACUCUCGGUGUGGUCGUGGGUGCUUUUAUUAUUUGCUGGUUGCCAUUUUUUAUUAACUCUUUGAUGGAUCCUUAUAUCAACUUUUCCACUCCUUUUGUUCUCUUUGACACAUUUGGCUGGUUAGGCUACAUUAACUCAACCAUAAACCCCAUAAUAUAUGGCCUUUUCUACCCAUGGUUUAGAAAAUCUCUUUCUCUCAUUAUAACAAUGAGAAUAUUUGAACCAAACUCAUCUGAUAUAAGUGUCUUCACUGUUUGA